CGCGCCAAGGAGGUGGAGCGAAGGGUGGCUCCUGAGGCUCCGCCCACCCCACAAGACUGAGUGGUGUUGGUCUCUGGACCCUAGUUGUUUUGCUGCUCAGGCAGUUGACUACAUCCCAGAUGGCUUCGGAUUCCGGGGACGGUGGGACAAUGUGCGCGCUGGAGUUUGCAGUGCAGAUGACCUGUCAGAGCUGUGUGGACUCGGUGCGCAGGACCCUGCAAGGGGUGACAGGUGUCCAGAGUGUGGAGGUGCAAUUGGAGAACCAAAUGGUGUUGGUGCAGACCACUCUUCCCAGCCAGGAGGUGCAAGCACUCCUGGAAAGCACAGGGAGACAGGCUGUACUCAAGGGCAUGGGCAGCAGUCAGUUUCAGAACCUAGGAGCAGCAGUAGCCAUUCUGGAGGGCCAGAACGCCAUACAGGGUGUGGUCCGCUUCCUACAGCUGACCUCUGAGCUCUGCCUGAUUGAGGGAACCGUUGAUGGCCUGCCGCCUGGGCUGCAUGGGUUCCAUGUCCAUCAGUAUGGGGAUCUCACAAGGGAUUGCAAUAGCUGUGGGGACCAUUUUAACCCUGAUGGAACAUCUCAUGGGGGCCCUCAGGACACUGAUCGGCACCGGGGAGAUCUGGGCAACAUCCUGGCUGAGGCUGACGGCCGAUCCACCUUCCGGAUAGAGGAUAAACAGCUGAAGGUGUGGGAUGUGAUUGGCCGCAGCCUGGUUAUUGAUGAGGGAGAAGAUGACCUGGGCCGGGGAAACCAUCCGUUAUCCAAGAUCACAGGCAACUCUGGCAAGAGGUUGGCCUGUGGCAUCAUAGCACGCUCUGCUGGCCUCUUCCAGAAUCCCAAGCAGAUCUGUUCCUGUGAUGGCCUCACUAUCUGGGAGGAGCGAGGCAGGCCCAUUGCUGGUGAAGGCCGAAAAGACUCCUCAGCCCAGCCCCCUGCUCACCUCUGAUCAGGGCCUCAUCUCAGGUUAUUUUGUCCCCCGGCUGAAUGUCUACCCGCAGAGGGGACAGGGUAGGGGUUGCUGUAUCCUUAGCAAAUUAAAUAGUUAUUUUCAUAUAGUA